ACUCAUUACUGCGUAUCCAGGCGCCGAGCUGUGUGCGCGUGCGCGCGCGUGUACCUGCGCGAGUUGCCGUCUGCGCGUGCGUCGACUGUUCUGUUCAGACCGUCGUGCUUUGCUCGAUCGUCUGCUUCUGUUAUUGGAAGGGAAGGAUGCGGGAUUCUGUAUUGGGGAACUAUUGCUGACAGACGCGUCGACAGCUUGUGCUGACCUCCUUUUUGCGAAUAGUGCUGAGGAGCAUGGCGGCUAGCAUGAAGUCAAGGUGAUGGAAGCCAGAGACCAAUGGAAAAGCCUGGUAACCAUGGCAGCGGCAGCGAGCGACCAGCCAGGCCCUCUGGCACUACAUCGCAUCCACGCAGCGGCGGCAGUAACAACAGCAGGAGCAGCACCAUUACCAACACCAGCACCACCAGCAGAGACGGUGGCGGAGGCUAUGAAAAGAGUGUCAGAAACACCACGACCACCACUGCGACCAGUCGUGGCAGUAGUCACGGCGAUACUAGGCUACACGACGGAGGGGCUAUCGUCGCUGCACUGGACUCUAAGCAUCGCGCGGCGCCGCUCGUGCCGGAGCGGCAUCUGGGAGGCAAGGUGACGAACGUGUUUCCUGCGGGUGCAGGCAGUCUUCAGGAUGCCGUGCUGGCUGCCACCAAGCUCCAGGGGCGGCCCUCUCAGAGCGCAUCAGCGGAAAUUCGUCACUCGGAACCAAGUUCUUCUGCUGGGCGAGAUAGAAACAGGCCGACUAAAGGCGCCAUCCCCAGAAGCCAAUCGGAAGGCCCGUCCGUUCCUAGGAGCCAAUCAGAAGGUCCGCCUGGCCGACGAACUCCGAAGACGUCACAGACGUUCGGCGAUCAGACAGUGCCAAAGGUCCCGAGGGCAAGGACGAGUAGCGGGAGCAUAUCAGGGGAGAGCAAGCCAGUCAGCAAGAGCAGUAAUAACAACAUUGGUACCGCCCGAGGAAAACACCCUAAAGCUCCGGAUAAUGCACAGAACUCUUCUUCUAAAACGGCGAACACACAUAUGAAAAAGUCGCGGUCAACCGAUGUUCGUGCUCAGAAUCAUACCAAAGAUGGCGGCCAGGUGCUAAAUUCUACCGUCAAGGACUUCAACACCCAAGGUCAAAAAACGCCACCCAAACUGCAGCGCAAACUCUCACGAGGGCACACCGUGCAUGAUAUCAGCGAGUACAGCCCUCGUCAGGAAGCUUCCAGAACAGAUCCAGACAAGGAAAAGCAAACUGCUUUACAAGGGAACUCACAGAGCCAGCAUUACCGAACUAUGGACGACGUGAGUGUCAAAGCCUCCACGCAGAAACCGACGCCAACAAAAUCAGUGUUAUUGGACAUCAGCAACCGGUACCCUCUCUCUUCAACUCCCAAGUUCCCCACCUCCGUCUCUUCGCCGCGGCUUUCAUCGGCUUCGUCGUCGGCAAGGUCGUUGUUGAAGCCACAAGCGGGGACGCUGCUGCCUUCACAAGUGGCGAUGCCGGAAGGCGGUCAGCAGUCCUUCUUCUCAUUCAGCAGCGUACCCAGUCUCUCUUCUUCUUCUUCGGACGACGUGCAGUCGGAGGUAUGCGUGGACCUGCCAGAUUACGCCGAGCUGCCCUCCAUUCAGGACGAUCACGCCACGGAGCGUGACCACGAACACCAGGACCUGCAGGUCAAGGUCGACUUCCCGACAGCACCCUACCAGCCGCUGCGGCGCAUUGGUAGCCGCCGUCACUCCGCGCCAUGCCGCUACGCGCUGGAGACGAGCUUGGUGCUGCUGGCCUCCCUCCUGCUUUUCGUGCCCAUGUUGGUGCUGGUAUUGGUGCUGGUGCCCAUCAGCCUCUUUGUCAAAUGGCUGUGCAGCCUGUGCUGCUGCUGCGGCUCGCUGUGGGGGCGCUGCUGCGUCGGGUGCUGUCACACGCACCUGUCCGCCUCCGAACGCCUGUGGGUACGUGAUGGGAGUAAAGGAGGGGGCGUGGGCCGACUGGCCCCGGUGGCGCAGAGUGUCGUGGUGGUGCAGCGCGGCCUGAGCAUGGAGCGGCUGCGUCAUCUGCUGGACUCGCGGCUGCUAUCGCUGGAGAACCGCCACGGCCGCCGCGUCUACCCGCGCUUCACACAGCGUGUCGUCCGCUUCGGUUGCGGCUACGCCUGGGUGACGGACGAAGCCUUCUUCAUUAAUAAUCACGUUGUCGGCAUGCCGGGUAUAUCGAGAGUCUGGAAGACCUUCAGUAUUUUAAUUAAUCCUGUUAACCUCCUUCAGGAUCACAUUGCCAAAAUGGCAUCUGAGCCGCUGUCGCUGGACCAGCCGCUGUGGGAGGUGCAGGUGCUGCAUAACUUCCGCGAGCCUCGCGAUACCAUUCUGCUGUUCCGCAUGCACCUGGCGCUGGCCGAUGGACCCUCCAUGAUCCGCAUCCUGCAGCACGCAGUAGUCGACGCCCAGAAGCUGACGCAGCCCAAGGUGGGCUUCGGGCUGGAGGCGGCCAACAUGUCUCCACUCAAGGCCUUCUUCCUCGGGCCGGUCAUGCUGUGCCGCCGCUACCUGCUACUCAAGCGUGAUUUCAACCUUCUGCACGGUCGCCACGUGCACCCGUGUGGCGAGAUGGCCGUGGCGUGGUCAGAACCUUUCAGCCUCAGCGCCGCCGUGAGGGUUAAACAGGUAGCCCGGUGCACCCUCAGCGAACUGCUCAUCUCCAUAGUCGCCGGUAACAUUCGGACUUACAUGCAGGUCAACGGGGUCAGGCACCCUUACGACAUCACCUGUGCGCUUCCCAUCGACUUCCGGUCAGAUCUCAGCACCACCACCACUAACACCACAACCAGCAACAACAGCACCAGUAUGGGAUCUAACACCAGCAGUAGCGCCUCUACGACCAGCACGGAGGUUGGCAACCACUACAGUCUGGCUGUGGUGCGGCUGGCCUCCAACACGGAGGGCGCCAUUCCGCGCCUGUGGGAGACCAAACUGCAGCUGGAGGAGUUUAAAUCUUCACCCGAGGCGGCCAUCGUGAGCGGCGCGCAGUGGUUCACGUGCUGCGUUCUGCCCGUGGCCAUGUUCCAGCGGUUCUGGCACAACAUAUACGGGCGCUGCACGUGCCUGGUGUCCAAUCUGGCGGGACCGGAGUGCGCACUAAAGUUGGACUCGCGGGAGAUCAAGUGCAUGAUGUACUGGGUGCCGCCUUUAGAGCGAGUUGCCAUCACCAUCUCCUUCUUAACGUACGCGGACCAAGUCAGGAUGGCCGUCAUCGCUGAUCCGUCUGUUCUGCCCAACCCGGAGCUGCUGACUCGCGACUUUAUCUAUAAGCUGGAGACAGUCUCCAAACUCCUGGCUCACAGACGAAUUCCCGGGGAGCAACUGAACAGCCGCAUGGAGUCAAUGCAUCUUCUGUCCAGCUACACGCUCGAUGAUCUGACUGCGGAACAGAUCCAGCUGCAGAUGGCGCUGGUGCAACAGGAGCUCCAUGACAUGAAGCUGCAGCUAGAGGCCGGCUCCUCCCACCGCCUGACGGCCAACGACACACAGCUGUGCCAGCGCAUCGAGAAGCUGAAGGAACGCUUCCGGGAACUUCUGCUGCACCUCCGGAAGCGACGCGCCGCCGAAUCCGAGAACGCCAUCAUCUUGUCAGAAGAGGAUGAUGUCUUGGACUCAGACAGCGAGAAGCAGCGACCCUUCCGGCGCCGCACGCUGUCCAUCUCCUCCCGACUGUCCACGGUCAGCGUCUCCUCCACCAUGCGCCCACUGUCCACCGCUUCCACCUCCAACCACCCUUCACCCAACCAUCCCAACCCUCCUUCGUGGCCAGACGCCAUGAACCAAGAUUACGACAAGCUUCCAGGGGGCAGCACCAGUAGUGGUUUCACUAGCUCUGGUAUCGCUGGGGCUGGUUCUGGUGCUGGGGCUGGGGCUGGUUCCUCAGGACCUAGCAGCAAGAAGCACAGCUACACCUACCGCCAGCGGCUGCAGACCAUGGAGGAGUUCGAACUGGACGAAACGCUCAUUGUGACGUCACCCGAACCGGGCGAUACAACCCUGACUGAACGAAUGCUGGAGAGUUGUGUUUCCCUGCUUGACUUCCUAUGAGAGCUGAUGACGAUGCCGACGACUUUCCUAUGUGCGAUGAAGCACACUUCAUGUUCCUGUUUGCUUACCUCCCUUUCUACGGCACGUGAUGCUUCAAGAGAAAGUGUCCACUGCUUAGUUCAGCUCUCGGUAUGAUCCUGCGUCUCUUGUUAAGAAAAUGUUGGUGUUACAAAAAAAUUUCUGAAAAAAAUUUCUGCGGAAAGAUCUACGCUUUUAAGUUCGUUGCACAAGGGAGCAUAGUGGAAAAUUUUCCGGUGAAUGAAAUGACUGUGCGUGUGGGAGGCAUGUGCAAAGCCAGUUAAAGAAAAGACGGAGAAGGGAGGAAAAGAAGCUCGUGCAGAACCUUAGAACUGUCCGAGUUGGGAGAAAUAUUGAGACGCAAAAGGAAGAUAGAUGACUGGGUGCAUGCAUGCAUGUAUUGAUGAAUCGGAUGGGAUGGAUGACAUGGAUGGAUGGCUUACAAAUCACGUGACGAGCCUGCUGCCCACCCAUAAUCCUUUUUGGCCUUUUUGGUCUUUCCAGUCACAAUUGACAGCAGCAAAAGGGUUGGAGAAUAAAAGCUGUGCACAGCACGAAGACCUCCACACACAAAAAAUGAAAAGGAUGGGGGAUGAGGAGCACACCAUACAUAGGCCUUCGUUUCAUUCGGACUACGAACAACCAGAACGGAACAAAACAGCACGAAAGGAAACAAAAUUGACAAGGACGAAUAACCCAAUUUAGCACCUUCAAAAAGUCUGUUUUUGUUUGCGUGGGUGGGUGCGUUGGGGAAGGUUUAUCUUCUCUUGCGCAGAGAUGAAGAGUUUUGAUGAUUCGUUCGAGUCAUGAAUGCGAGUACACAAGCACGCUUUUUCCAACAUCCGGAUAUAAAAAUCGAAGGUUUUCUACACCGGAGACCGGUUCGCCUCAUACCCUGCACGGAGGCUGAACAGAACUAGAAGUGUGUAAACGAGGCGGUUGUUGUCGUGAAACAAAAUGGCGCCUGGCACUGGCAUCGUCGCGCUGUUGGUAUCGCAGUGCUCUUGGCUUAUCUCUAUCGAGAACAAAAAUCAAUGCUGGCUCCAUUCCCUCGUCGUUACUUUUGUAAAGGCGAGCGAGGAGAAUGUGUAAAUACGGCACUUGAAUUAAAGUUGUGUUUUAUCAGGUUUGAACUGAUGCGGUUUGCCACACCUGUAAUUUUGUUUUAACCUGCUUGUUUGUAGGAACAUAGGAACUGCAGAAGUUGCGCUCAGGAGUUGAAUGUUUUCUUCCAUGAAAUACAGUGCAUGCAGACGUCAUCCAUUAGUCUGUCACCUAGUUAGCAGCUAUAUAUUAUAUUUCAUUUUAAGAGCGGUUUAACGUACUAUAGAAUGUUUCAGAACUGAAUACUCCCUUUAUCAAAUGAGUAUUCCACUCAUAAAAUUUCCUUUAUAUUCUUUAGUCUGUAAUGUGAUAUUUGAAGUCGAAUACACUGUUGUUAAUGGGUGCAACUAAGCUUCCUCCCUCUCUCUCGUGCCAGCACAAAACACAAUAAUACAGUUGAGGGGUGAUUUCACAAUGUUUUCUUGCAUUUUUUAAACUAUGUAUUUUUCCCACAUCUAGUAAUAUUUAUUUUAUCCUCUGUGAUGUUCAUUCAGAAAAUUCUGUGAGCACGUGUACAUAUUCUGACAGUCUGUUUAUAUGAGUCAUCGCCGAGCUGUGCGAUUGAGAAAGUCCCUGUUGAUAUUUAAAUUUCUAUUUAUAUCACAGUUGUCCAGAUGUACAGCUCGGUCGUAACUCGUGUAACGAGCAGCAGCAAUAUUAUUAUCCUGCUAAUUGGCUUCUUCAUGUCCAAGAGGUCACCGCCUUUUCUUAUAUCGUUCGAAAUUCAUGUUCUCUAUUUAUGUUUAUUUUUUAUAGCCCAGACGCCACAAAAUCCUUUCCUCCAUGUAUUCUUCAGGCUACAGGACGACUCCGAGCUCUGGGUUAUCUCCCUUGCGCAUUGUUUCCCUUCCACACACACUCGUUCGCCCUUCAUCCUUCCUACCUUUCUUUUCUGGUCAGGUCUGGUUUUCUUUUUCUUUGACUGGUCUUCGAAAGCACUGAUCAUAGGUUACAUUAUAUUUUAAACCACACGUUUUCUGUGUUCCGAGGAGAGUUUGCGUGCAUGCAUAAAACAAAAAACAAACAAACAAAAAAGAGAAAAAACUUCGAUUUUGAAGUGUUGUUUUUGAAGUCACAGACUUGUCGAAGUGUUAGACUUUGAUGUGUCUAUUCAGGUUGCCAGUGACUAGCGUUUCUGUGACAAAUGCUGUUAGGAUCAUCUGACCUCAUCUCAGUCUUCGUCGGCCAAAUCUUUCUUUUAUUCAUAUUUUCUUCCACAGAGCAAGAGAAUUGUGCCGUUGUUGUACAUGUUUCUGUGAAGUUGCUGUAUGUAAUGAUGCUAGCUCUGUUAUGUUCGGCUGCUGAUCCCCUGGUAUGAUUUGAUCUCUGGCAUUCCGUUUUUGUCUUGCUACUAUUAUUAUCAUUACGAUCCGCAUGUUGCUGAGCUGUCACUGGGUUUAAGGACCUCAGGCCUGGCACAGAAAGAUAUAAAGAAGAUUAAUCAUCGUUUGUAAAAACACAAAACACAUCAGUGAAAAUUUCUUUAUCUAAAUUCUAACAAAUCCAUAUCGAUAAAUAAGACAAAUUCAUAUCGGCAAUCUAAAAAUUCAGAAUGUUAGCAAUCUAACAACUCAUAUCAGCGAUGUAAAAAAAUAUCGAAAACGACUGAUUCCAAGUACCUUGCAUGUUGUAUAUUUUAUACGGUGUUCGAUCCGUGUAGACAAAUAUAUGAGACAUGUGAUAGAUAUGUUGAAAUGAUCGACGGUGUAGAUAUUCGGGUUUACAAGGCGGGGACAAACUUUUUACUGACAGUGAACGACGUUCACAUUCUUGCCUCUUCCUGAGUAUCAUUUUUUUUUUUUUUUUUUUUUUGAGGGCCUGCCCUUCUUGCACCCUCCCCCCGCCCCCUGCUCCUACGCCAACGGUGAUAAGAUAAAUGUGAAGUUUCUAGAAAUCUAGUCAGCUGAGUGGCGGUGUUAGCAACUGAAUAACACCGAUUGGUCACUGUGUGGGGACAUCUAUCACAGAUUCCUCGCCAUACUGGCAUCGCGUGAUAGCUUCUACAUGAUUAUGAGCGGGAUGUCACUAGAGUGCAUAUUGAGAAAUCGCUGGACAUAACAAUUGUUUACUUAGCUCUGAUUAUUCAAAAUACACGACGAAGGCGAGUACAAAAUCAGGAUACUUAACUGCACCUCGGUCGCGUCUGUGCGUUUUCCUUUGUAUUCUCUUCUCUUUUUUUUUUUUUUUUUUUUUCCUCUUUUCUUCUUCCAUGUCAAAUUCAUGAUGUAGCAGGCCGUAUUUGAACGGCAGCUCGUCAUCAAGAAGGAUAGAUGGGGAAAAAACUGCAUCACAAUAUUUUAAUCCAAGAAAUUUCGUUAAGAAAAGACCGGUGAGUUUGUCUGCUUCGAAUGUCUCGACUGCAGAAAGAAUUUGUAAUGUCUUUUUUGUGUAAUACACUGUAAACGAUUUUUUAUGCUUUCAAAUACACGUGAGUCUCUCAAAGAAAAUAUCGGCCCGUUAGCAGCACACAUCUACACAACUCAAAGCUUCUAAUCAGACCGCCAUAUGCUGCUUAUGACAUCUGUAAUUUCCUAGACCAGCAGCCAAGGACGAAAUCACUUCUACAGUCAACGAGUAAACGCUCGUACUUCUCUUGACAACGGGCAAAGCUCCAGAAUUCAUGACUUCUUUCCACAAGUGAAUCCCAAAAUUGUUACACAUUCAUAAAGGUUGUGUUGAAGCACACUGAGCAAGCAUUGUCACUUGGCAUAGUAAAGAAAUUCAUACUUAAUGAAAGAGAUACAAGAUAAUAAUCGUCUUAAAUCCAUAUUUAUAGGUAUAUAUUUUGUUCACUUCUUUAUUGUUCAUAUUGAAUGAGUUGUUCCAUAAUGCCCAGCAUUCACCUUCAGUGAGGGUGAUAUAUUUACUUAUGUUGUGACUGUUAUUUGGUAGCUCCCAUCGCUAUUGUUGAAGUUUGUACUUGAAGAAAUCCUGCGUUUGCUACAUUUCUCCCCUCUUCUCGGCAAUGAGAAGGAUAGUUGUGCUCCAAAAACAAAAUCAGAGAAAUCUUUGAACCUGAUUUAAUUAUGUCCUUUCGUGAAAAAUCAAUAACCACUUAGGUAAUAUAUCAUUCAGAGUAAAGGGUAUUGUUAUUAAUGUCCAAGUAAGAACAGCAUAGCUUUAUUAACAUUGUAUUUCGUGGCAUGAACUAGAUCAGCUGCCCUGUAGUGGUUCAAUGUGACCAGAUCACGUGAUAAACAGCCUGGGAUUUCUCUCAUUUAUAGUAAUAAUGCAAUAUUGGAAACAUCGUUAUCUUUCUAUUUUAACCUGUCGUUUGUUUUAAGAAUUGAAAACAAUGUUCAUGUAUAUUUAUUUUGUAGGUUAUAGAUAUUUAAUUAUUUUUGGUAAAUAAGCAUGAUUUUUUUUUAAAAAGUCUUACUGUUGAGAUAAACUAUAUUGCUCCGUAAUUUUGGGGGGAAAUAAAGAAGUGUAUUGUCUGAAUGAAGUCAUAACAUGCUGAGUAUUUGACAGAUGAAAAUGAAGAAAUAGUUCUGCUAAAAAUGAAGGGUGAUGUCAUGUCACAAUAGGUAAAAUAUUACAAUUGUCUUGUCUUUUGUUAAAAAUGAGGAUUUUUCACACUGCUCUGAAAGUGUAAGCUGGGAAUUUUUUUAGCAUCAUGAGUUAUCACCAGAUUCUAAUAAUUCUAAACUUAUAACUUCACAGGCUUCCAAAUUCUUACAGUAUUGCUGUAAAAUAGAGGACCUCUUUCCUAUUUCUUUGUUAUACCAAGCCCUUUAAAACCUGUAUAGAGUUUUCAAUUAUUUUUUGUUUGUUUGCGUGUGCGUUUUAUCAAAUUGUAUAGACAGUGCAGAUAAAAAAGAGAGCAUUACCUCAGUUCUAACUAUAAAAACGGAUUGCUUUCCAUUGUUACAGUAGUACCUCGUGUGUUUUCAUUUCGGAUCUGUGAACCGGCUUGCUAUUUCAGCCUCCACAGUAGUAUGGACAAAAAUCUAUUGUUCUUAUUAGAAAUCUUAUUCCUGUUCCUUAUCCUUAUUUACUGAUUCCACAGUUUUCUAAGUCACAGUUCGACGUCCAUGUGGUCUGCAAAUGUAGAUUAAGUUUAGCUACAAUUAACAUUUCUAUCGUUGUAGCGAGGACGUGACAUAAAAUAAAGCAGUUUGGCUGCUGUCGCAAAUUUUUUAAAAAGUUGAUUCCUUCAUGUGCCCUUGUCUUCUCGUUGAAGAAGGACAUUAGUGUGUGUGUGUGACUCUGAAAGAGGGCUAAUUGUGUACUUUCUUCCAAAUGACUAAUAAAAGAUGCUAUUUACCCCAAAUUCUGAGGUUACGAUUUCUUUCUGAGAUCGUUAGUUUCUUCCCUUAUCCUACGUGUGACAGACUUCUCUGUUCUGGUCUUCCUCCAUGUCCACCUAUAAAUUAAAAGGAUUAUCAUGCGUUUAUAAUACCAUCUGUAUCGCCGAAAUCGCACUUUGUCCUUCUCAUAUCAUCGUUAAUGGAUAUUAAAGUCUAACUGCGCCAACGUUUGUGUUACACUCACAUAAGCCAGUUCGACUUAUUAUUACAUUUGCAUUAUAGUAACAAAGAGUCGUGUAAGCCUGAGGGUUUCAAUCGUUUACUUGCCAGGCAUAUGUAAUACUCAGUUCCGAUUGUUCGGCUUUCACCCCUGUACAAGGAAUAUCUGUAUUUAUUGAAUGUCUGUGUUUGAAUAUCAGUACCAUCUUACUGUAGAUACGGCUGACGUAUCGCAUCUGGAGCUGUAAUGGGAGUGGAGCGUAUAAAAGAUGUAAAAUUAUAUGACAUUAAUCGAAACUGUGGAGUAAGCAUAAGUAUCUUAUAAAUCAGUUUGGGAUGAUUUGGUAUAACCCGUAUCUGGUCCAGUCUCAGAUAUACUUCUUUUUUAAAAAAAACGAGCACGCUCGGCAUAUGAAGUGGGGUGUUCCUGGAAGUAUGGAAUCAUCUUGAAAUCACGCAAGUUCUACAGACAGCCUGAAACAGUUGGUGACAAUUAUUGUGCGAAUAUUGCUAUGACAUCAUCCUCAAGCAUAAGCAUCAAGAAUCCUUUCCUGUAUUUUCCUAGUUCAAAAAGAACUUUAUUUGAUUUUGACAGAAAUUUAUUUGUGCUUUAGUGAGAUACCGACUUUAGAAAUGACAUAGACUUUAAUAAAGGAUUGUACGUGAUUGUUAUAA